AUGGUAUCAUCGCGUUCCGUGCUAUUAUGUGUACGUUCGAUCCACACAUCAUGUCGCAUGAACAAAAGAGGACCACUGACAAUCGAUGGUUGGUAUCCACGUGAUCACAUGCCGGAUGAUUAUCCAAAAAAUGAAGAAGAGCGACGAGCAGCGGCGAUAAAAUAUGGAAUGAGGCUAGAAGAUUACAAGCCGUAUGACAAAGACGAUUGCUAUAAGUACGCAGGAAAUUAUCCAGAUUAUGGAUGCGUUACAUAUGACCAUAAGGAUCCAUAUGAAAACUGGAGCGAUCCACACUAUCGAAGAAACUGGGGAGAAGGAAUGGACAUCCAAGCGAUAAUGCACACAUCUGAUCGUGAUUCCUACACCGCUUUAAUUUUUUGCUGGAUUGGUAUUCAGACGUGGCCGAAAGGUCGAAAGUGGAAAAAUGACAUUAUGCUGAAGCAAUAUCCCUACGAUAUCAAGCGGGCGUAUCCAUUUACUGACCCACGUAUCUAUCCAAUUACCAAUUAUACGUUUGAACCAGGAGAUCAAUAA